CCUGGAGACGACCGGCCGCCAUCCCACAGUCCUUCGCGCGCCGGUGGCUGACCAGACCCCGGAACUCUCGCUCCGCCCGGAAGGCUAUGGCCGUGGCCACCGCGGCCGCACUACUGGCGGCUCUGGGCGGGGCGUUGUGGCUAGUGUCGCGGCGGUUCGUGGGCUCCCGGGCCCAGCGGCGGCACGGGAACGGGGACCCCGGCCUCAUGCACGGGAAGACUGUGCUGAUCACUGGGGCCAACAGCGGCUUGGGCCGCGCCACGGCCGCCGAGCUGCUGCGCUUGGGGGCGCGGGUCAUCAUGGGCUGCCGGGACCGCGCGCGCGCCGAGGAGGCGGCGGGGCAGCUCCGCCGCGAGCUCGCCCAGGCCGCGGAGCCCGCGCCCGACGCAGGCGGGGCCGGAGAGCUGGUCGUCAAGGAGCUGGACCUCGCCUCGCUGCGCUCCGUGCGCGCCUUCUGCCACGAGCUGCUCCAGGAGGAGCCCAGGCUGGAUGUCUUGAUCAACAAUGCGGGCAUCUUCCAGUGCCCUUACAUGAAGACAGAAGAUGGCUUUGAGAUGCAGUUUGGAGUGAACCACCUGGGCCACUUCCUCCUCACCCAUCUUCUGCUGGGACUCCUCAAAAGUUCAGCUCCCAGCAGGAUUGUAGUUGUUUCUUCCAAACUUUAUAAAUACGGAGACAUCAACUUUGAAGAUUUGAACAGUGAACAAAGCUAUAAUAAAAGCUUCUGCUACAGUCGAAGCAAACUGGCCAACAUUCUUUUCACCAGAGAACUAGCCCGCCGCUUAGAAGGCACCAACGUGACCGUCAAUGUGUUGCAUCCAGGCAUCGUUCGGACUAAUCUUGGGAGGCACAUACACAUUCCUUUGCUGGCCAGACCGCUUUUCAAUUUGGUGUCAUGGGCUUUUUUCAAAAGCCCGUUAGAAGGUGCCCAGACUUCUAUCUAUUUGGCCUCUUCUCCUGAGGUAGAAGGGGUGUCAGGAAGGUACUUUGGGGAUUGUAAAGAGGAAGAACUGCUACCCAAAGCAAUGGAUGAAUCUGUAGCAAGAAAACUCUGGGAUAUCAGCGAGGUGAUGGUUGGUAUAUUAAAAUAGGAGUGAGAAAUGAAAGCUACUUAAAGAAGAGAUCACAGUUGAACCUGUGGUCAGGAAUAGUAUGGUUUGAGCCUUAUACUUAAAAACACAAUUUUCGUUUUAUAAUAGCAAUGCUAAGUAGUAUAGAUGGAUAUUUAGAAGUUAUUGAAAGGUUAUUUCUGUAUAAAAAUUUCAGCAAAGAUUUUAAAUAUGUCAAAUGUGGUGGACAAAACUCUUAAUUUGGCAAACAUAGAUUUACAAGUAUUGAAGAACUUGACCAAUUAGAUACCUUGGGAGGAUUUUCAAAUAUCUUUAUGUUGCUAAAAUGUUGUGACUUCUUAAUACAGUGCCAGUUUUUGUGUGGAAAUGAUCUGCCUGGUGAAUCUUACUUGUAAUAAAUUUGCUGAUGCCAA